AUGGACACCUGUUUAUCCCUAAUCACAUCUGUAAUUUUAGUUGGGUCGGUGAGCAGCUCUCUCAGUAAUCAGUCUACGCCGGUUUCUCAAGUAGAGGCUCCUCUUGUUAUCCUUAGACAACGAAUUAAGGAUGUGACCAAAUUUUCAUUUGCAGAUUUGGUUGCCUCAAUUCUGAGAUUCGAUUUUUUAGAUGCAGACAAGGCUACCAACGACUGUUUCUGUAAUGAUGUGUUUGAAAUGGUUUUGGGUGCAUUGGCAAUGCCUGAUAGGACCAAUAAGUCUUUACGAUGUCACUUGAAGGGAGAAGGCGCCACAGAUGACCUCAUAUCUUUCAUAACUUUAAUAAAGGAAGAUCCAUACUUAGCUGAAAAUGGCAUUCUACCAUUGGUCGGGGCUGUCUUACUUGUUUUUUUGGAAAAAGGUAAUUAUGAUGCACGGUGCAGGGUUUUUUUGAGGCAUUUGUGUUCUUUACUUGCUGUGUGUUUUGACAAUUUUGAAGAGUUUGAAGAUAGCAUGGCUGAAUGGACUUUGAAUGAAGACUAUGUUGAAAGCGAUACUAAAUUUAGGGGUUCGGUGAAAGCGAGAGCUAUGAAAAAACGAGCAAAGAAAAUUAAAAGAUAUGCUUUAAUUGGUGCUGCUAGCGGAAUCGGUGGAGUCUUAAUUGGACUAACGGGAGGCUUGGCUGCUCCACUUGUGGCAGCUGGUGCUGGCGUUAUCAUUGGGACAGGAGCUGCGGCUGGAAUAGCUACAACUGCAGGCGCCGCAACUCUGGGUUCUUUAUUUGGGGUUGCAGGUGCAGGUCUUGCAGGUUAUAAAAUGAAAAAACGUAUUGGUGCCAUUGAAGAAUUCACGAUUGAAACCUUGACAGAAGGGCAGAGCUUACACUGCGUUUUGGUCGUUAGUGGUUGGAUUGAGCACAGUGGUGAAGAUGCUUUCCAAUAUCAGUGGAGGCGCUUAGCUAUGUCAAGGGAACAGUAUACAUUACGGUACGAAAGUAAGUAUUUGGUGGAGCUAGGAAGAGCGAUCGACUAUUUCAUGUCUAUUGCAGUUUCAGUAGCAGUACAGAAAACGCUGAUGGAAACAGCACUUGCAGGUUUACUCACAGCCAUCGCCUGGCCUGUUGCCAUACUCUCCGCUGCAAGUGUUUUAGAUAACCCGUGGAACGUGUGUGUAUCGCGUGCGGCAGAGGUUGGCGAACAUCUAGCAGAAGUCCUCUUAUCACGUGCACAUGGCGUGCGGCCUAUAUCGUUAAUAGGGUUUUCUUUGGGAGCAAGAGUUUUAUUUCAUUGUUUAAUGGCUAUGAGUAAAAGGUCAGAUUCUUUUGGAAUAGUGGAAGAUGUUGUGCUUUUGGGAGCACCUGUUACUGCUUCUGCAAAGCAAUGGAGGCAAAUGUGUUCUGUUGUUAGCGGUAGAAUAAUCAAUGGUUAUUGCGAAACAGAUUGGCUUCUACGCUUUCUAUAUCGCACAAUGAGCGUACAAAUCACGAUCGCUGGCACAAGUGCUGUUGACAAUCGGACGGAAAAGAAAAUAGUGAAUUUCAAUCUCUCCCACAUAAUCAAAGGUCAUCUUGAUUACUCAAAAAAACUGACAGAAGUGCUUGAAGUCAUAGGAGUAAAAACUAAAGAACGCCACCACGGAGAAUGA